GUUGAACUAAACUAAUUCAAUAAACUUGCGGACUUUUGAGUACUAUUUUUUGAGGAAAUACUUACUGGUUAAACAGACCUUAUUCUUGUUUUGAGGUGAAAUAAUAUUAUUUUAAGCUAAUCAUUUUAGCUUAUGUAUCCACAAUCAAGGAAGUUAACCAUUUCAACGAGAGAGGGAGAAAGGAAGCCAUACCAAAGACCAUGACAGAUGACACAUUUUGAUUCCCACGAAUUCCACCAUUCAUCAAAUAAAAACACUUCACUUUCAUUAGAUAUUCAUUCUUUUCUUUUCUUUUUUCUCCUAAACUUUUCCACAACUUCCACAAGAAAGUCACCAAAAAAGGGAAGAACAAUCAAUGGAGCCGGAAGUUUCAUGGUUUGAAUCCAGUGAGAUGUUAGCCACGCUGUUGGCUUCAACACCAUUAGUGGAAGAAUCAUGGAAGCUGUGUAGCCAAGCCAAUCGUGAAGCCCAACAGAGUUAUAUCAUCAAACAGUUUGGGGGCGUUUGUUAUGUGGCCUUUUCUGGGGUCCAAAACCUUGCCGGGUUCGACCCGAAUUGCAGUUUCUUGGUUCCGAUCCACAGCAAUGGUUUGUUUUCUGGGUUGCAUCAAGAACAAGUUGAAGAAGAUGAUGACCAUGUACAAGGAAAGGCGGCUAUGGUUCAUGCUGGUUUGUUGCAUCUUUUCCUGUCCUUUUACAAUAACCCAUCCUUCCAAUCCCAGGUAAUACUAUACUAAUAAUAUCUUCUUUUCUUACUCCUUUCAAUUCUCAUGAGAUGAGAUGUUCUUUUUUGGUUUUGCAAAUUUCUGUGUUUCAAUUGAAUUUUUGAAACAACUUCUUCUUUUUAACUACUCUCCUGUCUUAAAAUAAUUGUUUUAAAAGGAGAGUAAUAUAUUUUUUCAAUUUAAUUACCUUUUGAGAGUUUAAUCGAAGAUCUCACUAAAAUUAUUACAUCAUAUAUCCAUUUAUUACUUGUUUUUGAUCCUUACUAUCGAAUGUUAUACUCCCAAAAUGAUUAUUAUACCUAAUUUUUCACUUUUGAUAUCAUCUGUAUUAAAAAUAAAAAUUUAAACUGAACAAUUAUUUCGGGACAAAGAGAAUAAUAAGUUCAAUAAUUUCAUGCUCUUUUAUAAUCUUUCUAAAUUCCAAAAUGAUGUUGUAUCAUUUGCUAAAUUAAAUUGCAUUUUCUCAAAACUGAAGCGAAAUUGGAGAUUUGUGAAAAAGACAAGACAACCGUCCCAAUUUCUUUUGUCCAUACACUUACUCCAUCUUUUUUCGUAGACUUGACCUCUUAUUUUCGAAGCAAUAAUAAUGAAGUCCUUUAGUCGUCUCUUCACAAACUGUUACUGUCGUCAUUGGAUGUUAUGGCAUUAGGGCCGGCUAUAGAGCUAAGCAUUAGACUAAACCCCUACUAGUUUUAGGUCUCAGUUUUAUAUUCUAAUCACAUUUUUAACCGGGCUUAUUCAAUUAAUUAUUUUUGGAACAAUAAAAAUGCAUUCUAUUACGUUCGAUAUUAUUAUCGCGAGUUUAAGCCAAGCAUUUAGUCAAAUGAUUUACGUUACUAAGCAAACUUAUUACGCAAUAAUCAUCGUUUGAAUCUGAAAAUGUUUAAAAAAAAAUGAAAAUAAUAAUAAUAAUAAUAAUAGGAUGUCAUUGCCGUGUGCUGCCUUCCUUCUCGAAGAUAAUUGAAUUAGUGGCACUCAGUUGACUGCACGUCUUUUCUUUUUCUUUGUUUUCUUUUUAACUAGGCGCCAAUAAUUUCAUUAGAUUCUUUCAAUCAAAUCAUAUUCCAUGAUAAAUAGAGGUUCAAUUCAAAGAAAAGAAAGAAAAAGAUACUAUUAAGAAAGUUUGGUACGUGUUUUUGCCACUUCCACCAUUUAUAUUUGUUCUAUCAUUUCUUCGUUUAUAUUGAACUUUUAAUCUUCUGUUUCAUCCACAAAGCAAAUGAACCAAUGGCUUUCCACCCAUUCUGAACAAGGGCCCAAAAAUUUUUUUUGAAAAUAUAUAAUAAUAUCAUUAAUUUCAGAACUGCAAUUCAUUUUAUAAUUAAAGAUUAAAAAAAACAGAAUCUCCCAAUAACAUUGUCAAUUAUUGUUGUUUAUUUGUGUUUUUGCAAAACAUGUUCAAUCUUUUUAAGUAAUUGUGUCCAACUGUCCAAUAUAUACAAUUUCGUAUAUGUUAUUAGAAAAUGAAACUAUGACAACUCUUCAGCAACCUUCCAACAUUGAUCACUGAUUUGCAUAGAGGACUAAAAUAGAUAAAUUUUCUUCCUUGCCCCAAAUUAGAUUUCAAACCCGGUAGUUUAGAUAUUAAGGGCUGAAAUGAAUCUAAUAAUGACAGGACCCAAAAAAUUUUAACUAAAUUCUAUUCCCUCAAACUCCUUAUAUCUCAAAAUGACUGUCUAGUUGAACUAAAAGUGAAAAUUAGUAUCAAACAAUCAUUUCAUAAGGGAGGAAGUAAUUUUAAGGGCAUGAAUAUCAAAACUAGCAUUAAACAUCAGCUUACGUGAGCCGAACCUCACAAAAGGAAACAAAACAAAAACAGUUUAGUUAUUAUACUUGGUUAGUUGAACAAACAUAUAUUCUUUUGUUUGGUAUGAGGCCAGGUUCAAACCUCGUUGCAAUCAAUCAAUUUAUUUCAUUUUAUUAAAUUUUUUGAGUCAAGCUUUUUCAAGUAACAUCUUCAAAUCAUGUGUUGCUGUUUAGCCUAUUAGUUAUUAUUGCCUGUCAGAGAAAAGAACCAAUGUGUUGUAAUUUAUGAACUAAUUACGUGAUGGAAAAUCCUGUAUUUGCCAACAUUUUUGUAUGCAUGUUAUGCAGAUUAUGGAAAUCACAAGUAAGAGCAAAUCAGUGGUAUUCAGUGGACACUCAGUUGGAGGAACCAUUGCUUCUCUCGCAGCUCUUUGGCUUCUCUCCUCUCUGCACUUAAUUUCCUCCUCUCUAGCUGUUAUUUGUAUUACUUUUGGCUCACCAAUGUUGGGGAAUGAAUCGCUUUCGAAAGCCAUCCUCCAAGAAAGAUGGGGAGGAAACUUUCUUCAUGUUGUCGGACAACACGAUAUAGUCCCAAGGCUUCUUUUCACCCCUUUACCUAGACUUAAUCCACAUUUGCAUCACUUCUUUGAUUUCUGGCAGUUCUCGAUGGCUUCUCAGUUCUUUAAGCAGCAUUCAGUCCAGUUUUGUGAUGAAAGAGCCGCAGCUGACUUGUUCCAUGUCGUGCUGAAUUCUCUUGAAGAACAGACAAGAGGCAUACAAAAUUCUCCGUUUUGGCCAUUUGGGAGCUACAUUUUCUGUACCGGCAAGGGAUCUAUUUCUGUGGAUAAUGCAGUUUCUGUAGUUAAGUUGCUAUAUAUGAUGUUGGGGAAAAGUUCUCCAAGUUCUACCAUCGACGAUCACCUUAAUUAUGAAAAUUAUGUAAGCCGAAUCUCCUGGCAAAUUCUGAGUAGCAACGACUUCAUGGAAGGCGAUCUACCUGAGUCAAGUUAUGAAGCUGGGAUUACUCUGGCAUUGCAAUCAUCGGACAUUGCUCCUUGUGAGCCGGUUUUUGGAGCAGCAAAAGAUUGCUUGAAGAUGGCGAAACAGAUGGGUCGCACGCCGAGCCUCAACUGUGCCAAUCUUGCAAUAGGUUUAUCAAAGAUCACACCAUUGAGAGCACAGAUUGAGUGGUACAAAGCAACUUGUGAUGCCUCUGAUGAUCAAAUGGGCUACUAUGAUUCAUUCAAGCAAAGAGGUGCCUCAAAGAAAGAGUUUAAAGUGAACAUGAAUAGGCACAAACUUGCCAGGUUUUGGAAUGAUGUGAUUUCCAUGUUGGAGAGCAAUCAGCUACCUCAUGAUUUUCACAAGAGAUUAAAGUGGGUGAAUGCUUCUCAUUUCUACAAACUCCUAGUUGAGCCGUUAGACAUUGCAGAAUAUUACAAAUCAGGAGAGCAUUUGAGGAAAGGUCACUACAUGUCACAUGGAAGGCCGAAGAGGUACAAGAUCUUUGAUAAGUGGUGGAAUGACGCAGAGGCUUCUGCAAAUCCUGGUAACUCGAGGAGUAGCUUCGCUAGUCUAACCCAAGAUUCAUGCUUCUGGGCUAGAGUGGAAGAAGCACGAGACUGCUUGAAUCGCGUCCAGAGGGAAGGUGAUGUACGCAUUCAAUCUUUAUUACUAGAGAAUAUCAACAAAUUUGAUCAAUAUGCAAGGGAAAUGGUUGACAGGAAAGAGGUAUCUAUCGAUGUCUUGGCGAAAAAUUCAAGCUACAAACUAUUUGUAGAAGAAUGGAAAAAAUUGAAAUUUCAGCUCCAGAUUUUGCCAUCUCAUUUUCCUAGUUUCCCUGAUGGAGAGGGAAGUAGUUCCCGUGCUUAUAUUGUAGGGAAGUGAAGAUGUUGUGCAUGGAGUCGACUAUUUAUCAGAGUUCCAUGCAAAUAAUGUGGUCUUAGACUGCAUCUGUUAUAUAUUGAUUCCCAAGCAUGUGGGAAUGAAUCAAUGAUGUUAAGCACAAAACAUUUGUUGUGCAAGUAUUAUCAUUCAUUGAUCCUCUUUCACUUCAUAUAUCCAAUGCUAAGAAAUUAGAUGAAAAAGCUUUCAGAUUUUGGUCUAAGCAACUAAGAGAAGUUCAGAGAGAGAAAGUCACACUUACUGCAGAGUGACAUUCAGCAGGAUUGGGUUGGAACACUACCAAGCGUGGAACAAGACCUGACAACCCAGAUUUAACAACAGCAAUGUUGUCUUAGGAGAAUGGAUUUAAGCAUUUCUUGACUUUUUUCACAGAACUAUGUUUCUAGCCUGCAAAUUAUGUCAAACCUUCCGCUAUAACUAUCAAAAGUUUCUGCCGGAAACCAAUGAACCAUUUCCUUGCAUCUAAAAUCUACCAGAGUAAUAUCAGUUCUCAACCAACACAGAAAGUGCAGGUAAAUAACUAAAGGUCUCCAAGAUUUGGAUCGUUGGUAGGCAAAGGAAAGACAGCAUGGGUUCUUAUCCAAAAGGAAAGGAAGGUGGCUAAAGAAAUUGGCACUUUCUAAAUACAAGGGUCCUGGUUUGAAGUUUUUCUCUGUCAUCACCAGCGUUGUGGAGAGUGAAGAGCAUAUAGCACAACAGCCAACCCAAUCAAUCUAAGUUGACAUUUGAAAUGGGCAGGUCAACAAGAGUGCAUAUAGCUGUCCAAAGCCAUAUAAAAACCAAGGAAUGGUUCCGGUGCACUGUAAGGAUAAAAAAAGCACAGUAAGGAUUCCAUGCAGCUUCAUGUUUCUGUUACAGAGUCACCUAGCACUGGAAUAUACCUCUAGGUGUGCAGAUCAAGACAAAUCAAUUCGACUUCAAUCUACAGAAAUUUUAUCUGUCAAGAAUGAAGUUUAGGAGCAAAAGAUCUAACCAAUAGCUAAUAUAGAGGUUUGGAGUUUCUAAUAGGAGCACCACAGCUUGCAAUUCAAGGAACAAUAACUUCCACCUCAAAAUAAGAAUACUACAUGAAGUUUGUUUAUGCUAUAGGAGCAACAUCAAAUGAAUGAAGAACUUGUUCCAGAAUCAUUCUUCUAUCCGUUCCAAGUGGAACCUCAGAUCCAUCAGCAUGAGAAAUAUUUAGAAGGUAGAGCUUUUUUGAUGCAACAAAUGCUGCAGCAAACACCCUUUUCAUUCCUCCCCUGGUACUAUCAACUUUAUAUUCAAAUUCGUACACUCGGAGGCCUCCCAUGCCCGUUCUUUCAGAAACCGAUACAACCUCAGCUUCUUUAGUACUUUCCUACACCCAGAAAAACGAAAGUGCAUUUAACUUUCCAUCCAGCACACAUAUCAUCAAGGAUAUAGAUUAUUGUACUGGAGACAAACAGGCAGUAGCAUCCAUAUGUGUGGCAGACCAUUUCAUUACUUUGGUUGACUACUAAGACAUCUCUAUUCACCAUCAGAAAAUAGUGCUUUUAAUAGAUUUCUGGUGCAAAAUUUUGAAAUCACAAUCGUUUUAAGGAACAGAACCAUUCCUGCUAAUCUUCUGAGAACACAGAGAUAGCUCUUAAUAAAUAAGUCUCUGACAAAAACCUAUCCAUCAUGUUCUCGACACAGGAAUUCAACUUUUGAACCUUUUGAGAAGUAAAACCUAGCACAUUGGUUCAUCCAUAGGGAAUGUUUUUCAAAAGAAACCUUAAGAAGUAAUAACCCAAAAUAGGUAGUCAAACUUUCCCUUGACAGUAGUCUAAUAGUAUUAAUUAAUCUACAAACUGAAAACAUGUUAAGCUUACAACAUUCAGGUUCAGAAUGUGGGGGAAGGUUGGUCGGGAUUGGCUACGCAGGAUCACUAGAAGUGGCAGAUACAAAUGAUACAGCCAGAUAUAAACACCAACUAGCUCCCAGGGAAAGUUAUCAUUAGCUACCCCAGUCCAAUCUCAUUAACAAUGACCGUCUGCUGAUUAAUUCGACAGAAUUAUUGCAGAUAACAAAACUUCUAAACUAAUCAUUGAAACCCUAGGUCCCUCUAAAACUUGGUCCAUAAUUGAUUUGUCCAAAUCUUUGAUCGAUAAUGCAAUCUCUCACUCAAGCACAGUAACUUACCAUCAGAACUUCCAAAUAUAGUUUUAUUUUGAGAUCUCUUGUUGGUUCCUCUUCUUUCAUAUGAAUCAUUUCCUUAAGAACUUCCAUUAAUUGUCUUUAAUAACGUGUCUCCUCUCAAAUGCUCAGCUCAUGCCUUUUUUAUUUGGAUAUGAGCAACAUGAAGAUGUGGGAAAGAAAUUUGUCCAUCCACAACUUUGAACAAUAAAUAAAUCUACCAAAUAUAGUCACAACAGAUGCUUUUACAAGUAUUGGAAAGAGGGAUUCAUAAGGGAGCUAAAACUGAAUUCCAAAAACAAGGCUACCAAACCAUUUUCCAAGGUUUUCCUUUCUCAUUCUGUUAGGUAUUAGGACCAAAAUAUCAAAAACAAAGCUAGAAACAAAAUCCAAAUAUUCCAAGCUUUGUAAGAACAGAAGAAAAUCUAAAGUAAAAAUAAUAGCAGCAUGAAAUGGGAAAUAGAAGAGGACCUUGCGCCUUUCUGCAGCAAUGAGCUUUUCUGCAACAAACUGUGGAGUUCCAAACUGUUCAAGGCUUGUAAUCCGAACAGGGGUGACGACAAUUCCCACAUUAUUAGACCCUUUAUUGGCAUCUUCAAACAGAACAGUUGCCCCAGCUUUAUCAACCUAGAUCAAUUCAGUACUAAACUAAAAUUUCCAGUCCACACAGCCCAAAUAAAAAUGAAGGAUAAACUCAGCACACAAUUCUUGUCAAUGAUAAACCUGAAUCCAAGAAGACGGUCUGAGUAGGGUAAAUCCCUCUUUAGUAUCUGUGUAUCUUUCGAGUGGUAAAACUUCAUUCGCCGUCGCCAUGGAUAGGCUAUUCCACAAAGGGUUCCAUAAUAACACUGAAACAUUAAUGGUGGACAGCUUGAACAACAACAAUCUUCUGUUCAAAGAAGCUGUUUUGGAGUCACCAUUAUUGCAAGAAGGAAGUGAUGAAGCAGAGACUGAAGAGAGGAAGAGAAAUGUGUUUGGCUUUUGACUGGGGAUAACAUUGUGAAUGUGGAGGGAAGAAUGAUGGUGGUUUGGAACUGCCAUUGGUUGACACACAACAUGAAAAAAAGAGGAUAAAACCAGAACAAACUACAAAGCGAAAUAUGAACUAGAAUCCUUGUAUGGACACGGGCCCAAGGCAGAACAAGUGUUUUGGGAAAAACCUUGACAUA